UGAUAUUUUCGUAUGGAGAAUUUGGGAAUGUAGCUUUGUUGUUGAAGAGAUGAACUCUUGGUUAGAUAGUUUUACUCAGAAUCUGGCGCUUAAGAUUGAUGGAAAUUGGUUAGGAUUCAGGUUUGAUGAUCAUGAUUUGAGUCUCUCUUCAAGACUAUGCACCAUUGAUAACACGUUUCUGGUUUAUGCUCUUCGUAAACGUAGAAGAUUCAGUUCCUUUUUCAAGGAUUCAUUUGGUCCUAUUUUCACCUCUGAGUUUGUGAGAUUGCUUCAAGACUUAUUGUGUGUUCAUUUAGUUGGUUUAUGGAGAUUAAAAGAUGAGUUUCAAAGGCCUAAUGAAGAGUUUAUCAAGAUGGAAACCGCAUCUGAUCAGUGUUGUUUCUUGUCCUUGUUGCUUUCAUGGCUGGAUUUUAUUGAAAACCAUUAUUCAUCAGGGUGUGUCACAAGUCAGGGGGAGCUAUGGUCAAGCAGAUUCACUAAUAUGGCUGCUUUGAUUAAUGGAAUUGAUAGUGGCUUCAAUACUCCAAAGAUCAUGCCUUCUUCUUUUAUUUCUACUGAAGAAGUUGGGGAACAAGUUCAAGGUCUUCUUCUGGUUACUGUUGGCACUGCACUUCAACGGUUCUUACCUCUUUCUUGCUGCCAAUUCUACAUUGGGAACUUGUUUAAUUUUGAGGCAAUGCCAUUGCCAUACCUCUUAUCUUCAGUUCUGCAAUCACAAUUACAACCUGCGCUUGGUGAACAAGUUGGUGCAGGAGAUAAAGAUGACUUGGACAGGAUGAGACACUUCUUUGCUUAUCCAGUUCUUUUACAAAAACAGAGCCGAGAUUGUUGGUUUAGUGAGUUUCCUUAUGGCUCUUCUACUCGUCCACCAGACACUUGCUAUGCUUUCGGUUCACAAGCAUCUCCCAAGAUUAUCAAAGCACAAGGAAGGAUCAAGAGCACAUGGAUACAUUCGAAAUGUUUUAUUGACUUGGUGCUACUCAACAAUCCUCGAAGUCACUCCCUGCAUACACAUGGUUCUUGUUCUUUAAGUCCAAGAUGGAAUACUUCCACCUUGCUUAAUGGUGAUGGUAGCUUACUAGCUUUAUUGGACAAGAGCGCCUCAAGAACAAGACCACCAGAAGGUCAUUAUGUUUUCAGUUUCAAGCCAUGUAUAUUCAUGUCCAUUGAUGCUGCUCUCACUUAGAAAGUUGUGGAGGACACAUAUUCAUGGAGUUUUCAAGUCCAAGAUGAAAGUGCCUUUCAUCUUGAGGGGGAGUAUUAGAGUGUAUAUAGUUGGUUUAGUUAUGGUUUAGAUUGGUUAGUAUAGUUGGUUUAGUUUACUUUGUAUUUAAGCUUGUUUUGUAUCACCAUUUACACUUAAUGAAGAUUAUCACAAAUA